AAUGUCUCCUUUAAAUUAAUUAUUUUUCCAGAUUACAGACUCCUAGUUUUAAUAAGUAUACUUACAUAGAAAUGUCUGUAUUCCUUGAAUCAUUUUAGUAGUUUGCCAUUUCGUUGUUUUCAAAGGGCGAUCAUUACAACCUGCUUGAGUGACCAAUUUACAUGCCCCUGAAUUCUGUACAUAGAAGGAUUAUGUUUUCAGUUUUAUUUCCAAUAAAUAACUUUUAUUUCCCUGCCCAGCAUUCAUUGCCUUUUUGAGUUAUGGUUCAUAUUGGACUCCAAUCUUUCAGGAACUGUCCAAAAUGGCUCCCAAAUGGUUCCAGUUAGAACUGAUGGUUUAGUGAGCCAAGUCUUACCUAGGGACAUUGAAGAGCAUCUGACACUUUUCUGACCCACUUUUCCAAAAGCUUAUCCCCAUCAGCUCAGUAUGUCAGUGCAAUGAAAGGGUAGGAUGUUAUAUGCAGAUGUGGAGCUUUCAUUGUGGAUGGUUGCUUUCCAAUGCUGUAUAAAAAUGUUGAAAUAAAAAGACAUGAGUCCAAGAGAGACCAUUCUUGGGACUGAAUGCAAGAAUUACAUCAUGUUGGUUUCCUGUUACAUUUUCUCACAUAAUGACAUUCAUUGCACAGAUAUUCUUAACUAGGCAUAUGGGGGAUUCAUAGGUUGAACAUACUCCCACUCUGAGAGAGAGUACAGUACAAUCAGAUAGAGGAAAUAUAAUAUAGUAAAUAGAUAUUAACAAUCUAAGAUGUGGGCCAUAGGUGGUAUCAGGAGAGAGAUCUACAGAAAAACUAGAGAAAUAGACCUAACUUCUGUCCAGGAAAGAUAAAAAAAAGUUCUGUGGAUGAGGCAAAAUCCAUCCUGCACAGCUGUAGGAAUUUCCUGGCAGGUAUAGACUAUGUUAUAAUUAGAAUUCAAUAUAACAAGGAUCAUUGUUAUUAACAGCAAUAACAAUGAUGGUAAUGAUAAUGAUUACAGGUAACAUUUAUUAAAUAUUUACCAUGUGAUGGGCAUUGUUCUAGAAAAUUUAUAUGUAUGCAAAUCAUUAUUGUUAAAAUAUAAAACACAGUUAAGUAUGAACGUAUUUUCUGUCAGAGUAAGUAAUAGAAAAAGGAAGAGGACAACAAAUUGAUGUGGUUGAUAAAUAUAAUAAAUUUAAUUUGUAAGUAUUUUACUAUUUCAUAUAAUCAGGAAAAUACCUAUGCACUGUGGGAAAUAAUGUCAUUGUUUUAUACUGACAAUCAAAAACCUCUGUAAUACAGAUAAUUAACAUAUGCUAGGAAGUAAAAAUAAAUUGGGUGUACAGAAUAAUAUUUGGGGAGUGUGAUGUGGAGCUAUUCCAAGCAUAACAUCAGCUUGCAUUUGUUUUUCUUUUACAUGUACACCCGCACAACAGCCUCAUGAGUUUAAAAAUGUGUCUGUGCAGUUUUACUGUCUUGGUUCUGGAGUACCAUACUCAGUGAAAUCCUAGUUAUCAGCAUUAGGCUUCAGAUGUUGCCAGUGCAGGCCAAGCAUCUUUUAUUAAGAAUCUUCUUUAGCAUUCCUUCUCCCAGAAAUUUCUAACCCCCCCCCCCGAUUUUUAUUGUUCUGUCUGUUCACUAUGAGGUCAAGUUUUCAUCUCCUUUAAUUUAGUUUUUUUGAAAUCUGUAUUCCAGAAUGAGUCUGCCCUGUAAUUCCAUGUGUUAUCUCAUGACAAUUCUUUGAGUUCUUCCCCAGAAUAAUUUCUGAGUUGAUAUGCUUGUGUAAGAGUUAGUUACACGAUACCAAUAUAGUCCUGAGAGGAAACAGAGGUCUGGAUAGAAAUGCAGAGGGUAGUGAGCGACUCCCUGAAGAAAAAGGUCUGUGGAGAAGUGGGUAACAAAAAGCUGGAAAGUUUUUGGGUAGUGAUUCUGCCAGUGUUAGCCAACUGUGAGAAGAAACUAGAACCCACUAGAGAAAUAACACAUUUAGAGAAUGACUGGAAGCUCUCAAGGCCCUGGAGCCCCGAGUUGCAAACACCUUGUGUGGGCAGAGUCCAGGGAAGCCUGGAGUCAGGGCUGGAUGGUAACAAGAACCAAAGAGAUGAGAAACAGCCCCAGGUGAGAAGUUCUGGGUCCUGUCCUGCAUCUCUGGCAAAGAAGACAGGAUUCUGGUUUGAGUUAAGGUGAAAAAUGAGGUUCAACUCAGAAAAGAGAUUGCAAAUGCCAUGAAAGAAUGAUUUAAUGUGUAAACAUGAGCCAGACCAUGUGGAAUUUGAGAGGGUACCUAUGAUAUGUCUAAUUUGUAUAUAGUUUAUUCACUAAGAUUCUCUUUGUGUUUUCUUGUAAACAGCUACCAGGACCCAAGGCAGGGAUGAGGGCAUUCCAAGGAAAGUAGAAAGGCAUGAAUCCAAGUGGCUCUGUCUUUGGAGGAGAAACUGUAUUCUUUUAGAUGUUGGUAAUAGAACAUUUCCCAGGAAAUGGCAUUAGAGACUGUGUUGAAGGGUCCUCUGGGGGUGGGUUUUGGCUUAUGUAUAUGUAAUAACUGUAACACAGGUAACUCUAUCCAUGGGUAAAAAGGCAAAACUAAUGCUAACUAGUAAUAUUUUCUGUGAGCUGUUAUUUAGCUAACCCCAAUACAUCUUUUCAUGCAAGAGUUUGAAUCUCUCUUGACCAAAAUAUAUGUUCACUUUUCAACGUUGAAUUAAUGGAUACAAAUUACUUUAAUGAUGUCUUACAUUAUAGGUUUUUUUAAAAGCCUUAAACAUGAAAUUACCUCAAAUAGAAGUUAGCCAUAUCUACUUAAUCUCUACAUUUUAACCAAAUGAUCAAAUGUACGUAUCCCACUUGCUCCACAUAAUACUAUUAAUAGUUUGAGUGAAAGCUAAUCAAAGUAAUCAGAAAAUACCUUGUGUUUUUUUGUUGAAAUUGAAGGAAUGAAAAUAAGUUUACUUACAUUAAAGCUGACUUUUCAUAGACAUACUUUCUAUGCUAGGUGGUAAAAAACCUACUCAAGAUUGGGGCAGGGUGCAUUUACCUGUCCCAAUUUUGUAACUGUGCUAUAAACACAUUGGCAAAACAGUCCAAAACUAAAUCAGAUAGAAACAUGAAUCUGUGUUCUCAGAGAUAUUGUUAAUGAGCCACAGGUGAGCAGGGGUCGUGCCUCCAAUUGCUUUGAAACCUUUGUUACUCAUGUAGUGGUUACCCACUAAUAAAUAUUUGUUGAGCGACUCAGAUCCAUAUGUAAUAUAACCUUGUUCUUUUGAGAAAAUGGCUAAUACAUAUUUUUAAUUGUAAUGUAUACCUUUCCUCCCCAUUCUUUACCAUCCCUGAAAUUGGGGUGCAUCUUAUAUUUGAUGGCAUGUUUCAGUGGGUCAUCAGCCUGGAUUACAGUCAAGUUCUUCCAGAGGAGAUUUGUGUUUGCUUGUGAAUAGCCAUCCAGGGACACUAUCAAUCUGAGACCUUUUGAUAUUAAAUUCUCUGCUUGAGAUUUUCUUGUACCAUACUGGUUGUGUGGAUGCAGUACCAGUUGGUGGUUUGCAUUCUCAGAGGAGAUUUUGUUUUUUUCUUCAGCUGAUUCUAAGCUUGAGACAUGCAUGUCUACUUGCUGUUUCUUUCAGUGUGAAAAGUUUAUUUCUUGUUUGUACUUCCCCAGAAAAUGUGACCCUUUGGUGUCUCAGUUUUCUGUAGCAAUCUUCUAUCAGACUCUUCAUUUUGGAGUAUUUAAAAAGUUUAUUAAUGGUACAUAGACUAAUGGUGUAUCCUAUAGUUGAUGGCAUUUUAGAGCUGAUGAAAACUUAUUUAUGUUGCUGUAUAUCCAGCUGAUCCAUGACAUUUGAAAGCCCAGACAGGUUUUGCAUUGUUGGCUGCCAGUGGGACCAGAAAACUUAUUUUGUGUAGAUGGUUGUGGUGCUCUCAUGCAUUCAAAAUUAUGGCAGUCUCUGGUCCCAGCCCACCCCAUGGCCCCUCCCAGUCCCAGCACCACCAGCAGUAAUAACAACAGUAGCAGCAGUAGCAACUCAGGAUGGGAUCAGCUCAGCAAAACAAACCUCUAUAUCCGAGGACUGCCUCCCCACACCACCGACCAGGACCUGGUGAAGCUCUGUCAACCAUAUGGGAAAAUAGUCUCCACAAAGGCAAUAUUGGAUAAGACAACGAACAAAUGCAAAGGUUACGGUUUUGUGGAUUUUGACAGCCCUGCAGCAGCUCAAAAAGCUGUGUCUGCCCUGAAGGCCAGUGGGGUUCAAGCUCAAAUGGCAAAGCAACAGGAACAAGAUCCUACCAACCUGUACAUUUCUAAUUUGCCACUCUCCAUGGAUGAGCAAGAACUGGAAAAUAUGCUCAAACCAUUUGGACAAGUUAUUUCUACAAGGAUACUGCGUGAUUCCAGUGGUACAAGUCGUGGCGUUGGCUUUGCUAGGAUGGAAUCAACAGAAAAAUGCGAAGCUGUUAUUGGUCAUUUUAAUGGAAAAUUUAUUAAGACACCACCAGGAGUUUCUGCCCCCACAGAACCUUUAUUGUGUAAGUUCGCGGAUGGAGGACAGAAAAAGAGACAGAACCCAAACAAAUACAUCCCUAAUGGAAGACCAUGGCAUAGAGAAGGAGAGGUGAGACUUGCUGGAAUGACACUUACUUAUGACCCAACUACAGCUGCUCUACAAAACGGAUUUUAUCCUUCACCAUACAGUAUUGCUACAAACCGAAUGAUCACUCAAACUUCUAUUACACCCUAUAUUGCAUCUCCUGUAUCUGCCUACCAGGUGGCAAAGGAAACCAGAGAAAACAAGUAUCGGGGCUCUGCUAUCAAGGUGCAAAGUCCUUCUUGGAUGCAACCCCAACCAUAUAUUCUACAGCACCCCGGUGCCGUGCUAACUCCCUCAAUGGAGCACACCAUGUCACUACAGCCUGCAUCGAUGAUUAGCCCUCUGGCCCAGCAGAUGAGUCAUCUGUCGCUAGGCAGCACUGGAACAUACAUGCCUGCAACGUCAGCUAUGCAAGGAGCCUACUUGCCGCAGUAUGCACAUAUGCAGACGACAGCGGUUCCUGUUGAGGAGGCAAGUGGUCAACAGCAGGUGGCUGUCGAGACGUCUAAUGACCAUUCUCCAUAUACCUUUCAACCCAAUAAGUAACUGUGAGAUGUACAGAAAGGUGUUCUUACAUGAAGAAGGGUGUGAAGGCUGAACAAUCAUGGAUUUUUCUGAUCAAUUGUGCUUUAGGAAAUUAUUGACAGUUUUGCACAGGUUCUUGAAAACGUUAUUUAUAAUGAAAUCAACUAAAACUAUUUUUGCUAUAAGUUCUAUAAGGUGCAUAAAACCCUUAAAUUCAUCUAGUAGCUGUUCCCCUGAACAGGUUUAUUUUAGUAAAAAAACAAAAACAAAAAACAAAAACAAAGAUUUUUUAUAAAAUUUAAUAAUGCAAAAAAAAAAAAAAAAAAAGAAAAAAGAAAAAAAAAGAAAAGAAAACUUCAAUUUUCUGGGUAUGCACAAAGACCAUGAAGACUUAUCCAAGUGCAUGACCGGAUUUUUGUGGUUUUGUUCAUUUUGUGUUUAAUUUGUGUUUUUUUUUUCCAGCUGUAUGAAAUGGGCUUUCUGAAGUUUAAAUAGUCCGACUUCACCCAUGGUGUUCUGUGCUUGCAGUGCGAGUGUUGCUGUAAUUCAGUGUUGCCGUCAGUGUCUCUUUUCUUAGCUUUCUGUCUUUCUUUCAACGUAGUGUGAAGUGUCUUAUCCUUUUCUAUGAAUUCCAAUUUGCCUUAACUCUUUUGAUGCUGUAGCUGUUUCAGUAAAAGUUAGUUCAAACUAAUGAUGUAGAAUGCUUUGACCAAAUGAGCUGGUCUAUUAUGCCUUGUAAAACAGCAGCAUAGGGCUUUUAAAAGGUAGUCAAUAAAAGUUGCUGAAAUUUUGGCUUUUUUAAAUAUGUAGUAGGUGUUUUUAAUGAUUUUUCACAUAAUGUGUAAGGUAGUGAUAUGCAAGAAGGGAAAAAUGUUUUGUGUGAAACACAUUUUCUGACUGGGGAACUUUUGUUAGGGUAAAUUGUUUGUAAGGCUGUACGCCAACAGCUUCCUCUGAUAGUUUGACUGAUUUAGGAUAUCUGCUGUAUGAUGCAAUGUAAAGUCUUUUUUGCCUUUUUUCAGGAAAAAAAAAAAAACUAACUUGAUGUUCUAGAUUUAGUGUAGGUAGCGUUGGGGGUUGGGGAUGGGGGGCGGGGGAUGGGAGUCACUGAAUGUUUUGUCCUUCCUUUAUACUAAUGAUAGUGCUUUAGAAUGAGAAUUAUGCCUGAAAUCUGGCAAACCGAAAAAUGUUGCUAUUGCAACAAAGUGGCAAAAGCUAAAAGUAAGGAUUUUAUCUUCAAACAUAAGCUGAGAUAUGAAUAGAAGCAAAAUGAUUGGCUACUAGCUCUCUCUCUCUCUCUCUAUUAGGUAAAUUUGAAAAAUAAAAAUGACUUGGCACUUUUAAAGGUAACUUCACCAAAGACCGAAGAGCCAGUAACCAGUAGCUCCAACUUGUCUCAGCAUCACAUCUUCUGUGCUCUUUAUUUUUGCCGGACCAGUUUGCGGUUAGGAGAAUGUGCCUUUUUUGUACCUUUGCAUUUAGGUUUUAUAAUUUUAAUUGAUGUAUGGACACACACAAACAAACAAGCAUGAAGGAAGAUUUGGAUCCAAGCAGUGCCACACUUUACAUCAUCACUACAAGUGUUCAAGUGUAAAGAAAACCAAUUUUGAAACUAUGAAAUUCCUGAUUCAUAAAUACACAGUUAUUUCUACUUUAGUACAUAUAAGAUAAUUCACUGUUAUUAAAGCUCUUUUAUUAAGGCAAUUGCAUAUGUUUUAAAAGCAAUGGUAAAUUAAGUUGUCUUCCAAAACUGUGUACUUGUCUGGUCAGCUGUGUAUGAUCAGUUAUCUACCUCAGAGUCUAUUUUCUUUUGUGCUGGGACAGGUUGCUGGCCCUCCCUGUUUCCACAGACCAAAUCCUCCUAGCUCAGGAGCUAGGGCUAAGCAGUUAUUUCUUUUGAGUAUUUUUUAGUUCUUAAAUUUUAUGCUUGUAUUUGAUGAUAGAUGUCAGUGACAUUUCAUAGUUUCAAAAGUCCUUGCUGCUCUGAGAAGUGUAGAUUCUAGUGAAAAUUACAUAGUCAUAAGAGAAAUGUGUUUUUGUUUUGUUUUUGUUUCAUUUUUUUUAAAGUUGUGGUAUUAUUGGUUCUAUGCUCCCUGGAAUAUUACUGCUUUGUGAAAGUCCAGACUGAACGCAGCACCCUCUGUGUACCUAGUACAGUUAUAAACCUGGGUCUCUCACUACUUGAUAUUUUUGCAUUAGUUAAGACAGAAAUUUGAUAGCUCGGUUAGAGGGGAGGGGAAAUCUGCUGCUAGGAAUGUCUGAACUAAGUGCCAUACUCGUCUGGGUAAGAUUUGGGAAACAUAACCUCUGUACAUAAAAAAAAAAAAAAUCAGUUAAACAUCACAUAGUAGACAGCCAUUAAAUUAUAAAAAAAAUUAAUUUAUGAAGAAAGACCUUUUGUACAGAUUGAAAAAAAAGAUUUUCAUAGAGAUAUCUAUAUGAUCAAGAGAGUUAAUUUUUUAUUUUUGUUUUACUAGUGCCACAGACUUGCCAGUGGUAACUUAUUUGUCCGGUUCAAGAUAACUCUGUAGUUUUCUUUCCUAGGACUUGUUGUUAAACGCCAAAAGACAUUUUUGAACUGUACAUUUGAUCAGAUUGUUAGCUUUUCUGUUUUAUUUCUUUUGAGAACCUUUGAAUAAAAAACAUCUGAAAUUUUA